AUGAGUGUAUUCAGUCGACUCCUCAGUCGACAGGCCGUCCGGCUGCACGACGAGGAAAGCGGCGAUGACAGCUCGCAACCUUUGCACACAACACCUGAGAACGCCGAAGCAGACGCCUCCACAGUCCAGUCCGAAUCAGACGACUCUCCAGUCCACAACGAACCCGACGUCUGCCCGGUGCAAAGAUUGCGAGGCUUCAUGACAUGGCACCUUACAACCGACUACAGCCUCGCCGACAACUGGAGUGUCUGGGAAGCGUACAUCAACAAUGACAGUCUUUACUUUCAUGACCUGUAUGUGAUGGAGGCCUUCCUGUUAUUUGCUCGCUUCUUUGAACACGAUGAUGGUCCGACAGCUCGUCUUGACGAGACCGCCUUCCCUUGGUCGCAAGCUGUUUUGCUUCGCCUGGUCAUUGAAUAUAUUGUCGUUAUUGAUGCUUUUGUUAAAGAUUCCAAUCUUGCGAGCAAAAUGAAGGCGAAGUGUCUUGCUGUAUAUCAAAAGCACUUUCCCUGGAUGCUUGACCCACGCUACAUCCUUCAGGAGCACAAGAGCGCAGCUGUAGACGACGCAACCAUCAAGCUCGACGAAGACCUCAAAGCUGACUUGUCAAGUCAAUCACGCGACCUCGUUGAUCAUCUUCAAGACGAGGGCGACUCCGACCAGUACUCACUCAGUGAAGACUCCUACGACGAGCCUUCUGACGCUGAAGCCACAGACUCUGGCCCCAAAUCGCGCGUUUCAACUUCUCGUGCAACCCGCUAUCCUAGCAUCACCCUCGACUACCACCAAUACACCUUCUGGCCGAACGUAGCCCAUCUCUCCCGUCAAAGCCGUCGACCAUACAGCGUACUCGCGAGCCCGAAGCGCUCUCACAACCUCCGGAUCUCCGGCUGGGACUUUGCCAAAUGGAUAUCCAGGACCUGGUACGGGGAUGGUAGAGUCGAGGAUUCCACGAGGGAUUUCACCUCAUUUCAACCUAGAGUUGUGGUGGCGAAAAAGAGAGGAUUUACCUCUGGCCUGCCGACUAAGAUUUGUGUUGCGGGUUUCAGGUGGAUCAAUCCUGAUGGUGGACCGCCCAAGUCGCUAGGUCCGCACGAUGAGGACAAUGAUGUUUCGGCUCUGGCCAUGGAGAUGAAGGGACUAUUAAUCGACAGUGGUACAGGGUCAACAGAACCGAAGGAGCAAAACUAG